AUGAACAUCAUAAAAGUAGAUAUAGAUAAGAGUUGGAUCUCAAGGCCACGAGGUAGUGUCGAAUACAAGGCCGGGUUGAACAAAUUUUUGGAUUUCGCAUUUGCGAAUGCAUCAUCCAAUGGGAUGAUAUAUUGUCCAUGUCCUUCGUGUGGGUUCCGGCUAUUCCAAACUAGAGAGGAUGCUUACGAUCACUUGCUGUUAAAAUCGUUUCCUGCUAAGUAUACUUUUUGGUUACAUCACGGGGAGAGACGCGUAGGAGACAGUUCUACUGAGACACAAGAAAUUGACCCUGGUAGCGUCUACCGAGAUCCAAUGCGCGACAUGGUUCGUGAGGCAUUCAACUUUCCAGGUUCUGUUGUCGAUGAAGAUGACUCGGGCAACAAAGAUUCUGAGGGGGAUGCCGAAGAGUUGCCUUAUUUGUACAGCGAACCUAGUCAGGCGGCCCGUCAUUUUGAUGAGCUGCUUGAGGAUGGAGAGCAGGAAUUGUAUCCGGGUUGUGCGAAAUUCUCGAAGUUGGCUUUCUUGGUCAGGCUAUACCAUAUAAAGUGCAUGUGCGGUGUGAGCGACAAGGCAUUCGGAAUGAUACUAGAGUUACUGUGUGAGGCCUUUGAGCAUGCAAAGAUCCGGCUUCACUGCACGAUGCCAAGAGGAUCAUACGAAAGCUCGCGGAUGUUCAUGUCCAGUAAGACAUCUGUUGACAUGCUGUGGCACAAGAAAGGUCCUAACUCGGAUGGUUUUUUGAGGCAUCCACGAGACGGAGAGGCAUGGAAGGCAUUUUAUAAAAGAUAUACUCACUUCAGUGGCGAUCCACGCAGCGUUCGCUUAGCCUUAGCUAGCGAUGGCUUUAAUCCCUUCGGAAAUCUCAGCUCAAGGUACUCGAUUUGGCCCCCGUUGAUAGAUGAGUUGAAGCAGCUGUGGGGUGGUGUUGAUACGUACGACGCUAGUGAGAAAAAAACAUUCAAGCUGCAUGCUGCGUUGAUGUGGACAAUCAGCGAUUUUCCAGGGUUGGGCAACUUAUCUGGGUGGAAUACAUACGGUGGGAGAGCAUGUCCUACGUGCAACCUGGAUGCUGAGUCUAAGCGACUCACGUUUAGUCAGAAAUGGUGUUUCAUGGGUCAUCGGCGCUUUCUGAAUCAAAGCCACAGAUUUCGGCAGGACCGAUUGGAUAAUGUGCAUGUCAAGCUUGGUAAGGUGCAAACGGAAGCCAGUAAAAGAGCGCGCGGACAACAGGCUUCAUUACAAGAUGAGUCUCCUUGGAAAAAAAGGAGUAUAUUCUUUGAUCUUCCAUAUUGGGAGUAUAAUUUGUUGCGUCACAAUCUGGACGUGAUACACAUAGAGAAGAAUGUGUGUGACAACAUUAUCUACACGAUACUGAACGACAAUGGUAAGUCCAAGGACAACCUCAAAGCUCGAAAAGAUCUCCAGCUGAUGGGAAUUAGGCGUGAACUUUGGCCAUGA